AUGAUCGCCCUCAGGCUCACUUCGUCCAUGAUGGCGGCAGGGCCUCGCUACUUCAUGAGAGCAUACAGCCAUCAUGCCCAGAACCUCGACGCUAUUCUAGGAGGGGAUCUCAGCAGCGGCCCCAUUGUGCGCAUGGAAGAGCAUGAUACCAGCACCUCGUCGACCGUGCAGCACCAGAUGUCAUUGGAGGAGGCCAAGAAGAGAGACAAGGCGCAUCUGCUAGCAGCAACAGAGAAUUUCCUUGUGCAAACAAGCAGCAACUGGGCCCUUGAAUUUACAACUUUGCGGUACCAGCAGGAGAGGCAAGCAGCUGCCACAUCGCAAGAGGAGUCGCAGCAAUGGACGCUUGCACUGCAGCUGGCAUGCGGACCAACAUGCAUGCGGACAUGA